UCCACUGUGCAUGUGCUAGUCUGGUUAAGCUAGCUGGGAGCUAGCAAGCUAAAGCGGAUAACUAGCUAACACCAGGCCUCAACGUAGUUAACUAAUUAACCAAUUAUUUAGACAUUUUACAGAAAAUGGAGUAGUAAAAUGUUUGGGGAGGUGAAUAUAAAACGGACUCACAUCAACUAUCUUCAACUAUGGAGGACUGGGAAGAUGAUCAGAGCCCUGUUGUGAGCAACAUGACAUUUGGGAAUGCUGGGAACUUGUGGAACAGUGGGAGCCAACAAAACAGCUUCAAAUGCAUCACCACAGAUGAUGAGGAAAGUUCUUGGAAAAGUGGCAGCCAUGGUUUUGGGACUCAAGGGGGAAACAGGGGUCGGAGCUCUAGGGGAGGAGGUGGAGGCUUCAAGAGCUUCAGUUCAGGAAAUGAUGAAAAUGCAAACGAAGAAGUUGAUGGUGGCAGCCCCUGGAAUGGUGGUGGAGACGGAUUUAGGGGAAGAGGAGGCAGAGGCCGAAGAGGAAGAGGAGGCUUUAGAAAUUCCUUCAACUCUGACGGUGAUGAAAAUGGCAAUGAUGAAGGUUUCAAAAGUGACUUUGGUGGCAGAGGUGGGCGUGGGGGAAGAGGAGGCCGUGGAGCUUUCCGACAGGGUGGUGAUGGAGAAGGCAGAAGACGCUUUGGCAGAGGUGGAGGAUAUAGAGGACGGGAUGAGGAGGUGUUUUCUAAGGUUAAUUUUUUAGGACCACAGAAGGAUGAUGAGGGAAAAGGAGAUAGUGGGCCUGCAGGGCCCAAGGUCAACUAUGUACCCCCUCCACCACCCGAAGAAGAGAAUUCCAUCUUUGCGCACUAUGCGACAGGCAUCAACUUUGACAAGUAUGAUGACAUCCUUGUGGAUGUAAGCGGAAGCAACCCGCCCAACGCAAUCAUGACGUUUGAAGAAGCACAACUCUGUGAGACUCUAAACAGAAAUGUUGCCAAGUCAGGAUACACAAAGCCUACUCCUGUUCAGAAGCAUGGUAUUCCCAUCAUAUCUGCCGGAAGGGAUCUUAUGGCUUGUGCCCAGACUGGAUCUGGAAAAACGGCCGCCUUCCUGUUGCCUAUUCUGCAGCGUCUCAUGAGCGACGGUGCAGCAGCCAGCAAGUUCAGUGAGGUGCAGGAGCCCGAAGUAAUCAUCGUGGCUCCUACCAGGGAACUCAUUAAUCAGAUUUACCUAGAGGCCCGCAAGUUUGCUUAUGGCACUUGUGUGCGGCCUGUCGUCGUUUAUGGAGGCACAAGCACUGGAUUUACAAUCCGAGAAGUGUUGAAGGGUUGUAACGUGUUGUGUGGGACCCCUGGAAGACUGCUUGACAUUAUUGGACGCGGAAAGGUUGGACUGAGUAAAGUUCGUUAUUUGGUGCUGGAUGAAGCUGACCGAAUGUUGGACAUGGGCUUUGAGCCAGAUAUGCGAAAGCUGGUGAACUCUCCGGGAAUGCCUCCUAAAGAAGAGCGGCAAACCCUUAUGUUCAGUGCCACCUAUCCAGAGGAUAUUCAGAGGCUGGCAGCUGAUUUCCUAAAGGUAGAUUAUCUGUUCCUGGCUGUGGGAGUGGUGGGAGGAGCCUGCAGUGACAUAGAGCAGCACAUCAUCCAAGUCACUCAGUACUCGAAGAGAGAGCAGCUGCUGGAGCUGCUAAAGACCACAGGUACGCAGAGAACAAUGGUCUUUGUUGAAACCAAAAGAAGUGCAGAUUUCAUUGCAACAUUUCUCUGUCAAGAGAAAGUGCCCACUACUAGCAUCCAUGGCGAUCGGGAACAGCGAGAGCGAGAGAAAGCUCUCGGUGACUUCCGCACAGGUCAAUGUCCUGUGCUGGUAGCUACUUCUGUCGCUGCUAGAGGAUUAGACGUUGAGCAUGUCCAGCAUGUGGUGAACUUUGACCUACCAAAAGACAUUGAUGAGUAUGUGCACCGCAUUGGGAGAACGGGCCGAUGUGGAAACACAGGAAGAGCCGUGUCCUUUUUUGACCCCGACUCUGAUACCCCUUUAGCCCGCUCUCUGGUCAAAGUCCUCUCGGGGGCCCAGCAGGAAGUUCCUUCAUGGCUGGAGGAAAUUGCAUUUAGUGCUCAUGGCACCACAGGGUUCAACCCACGUGGGAAGGUGUUUGCCUCCACUGACACUCGCAGGGGUGGAUCCUUCCUGAAGAACCAGCCACCACAACCAGCUGCACAGAGCACUGCUGCAGGAGCUGAUGAUGAAGACUGGGAGUAGAUUUACUUUUAGGUUUCUUUUUUGUGCAAUAUUCCUGUGUUCUGUUUUAUAUUUUUAUGUUAAAGAAAAGAAGCCUAUGGACCUACAGAGAGAUUUGCAGAGAAAGUAUAGAAUGGCAGGCCUUGAGCUAAUGUGCAGAAAAAGAGCCACAGGUUCAACCUGAAGUUAAGCUUCACAAUUUAAUGUCAGGAAAUUUGGGAUGAAUCACUUAACUGCUCAAGUGUUUGCACUUAAUGUUUUCUUUUCUUUUGGUUUUCCAGUAGAAUUGCUAAUAGGUAGAUUUCACUGUGUGGAUUAUUCAGUACACUGAUUUUGUAGAAGCCUUCAACUGAAGGUUGCAUCUGCCCUCUUUCAACAAAUAGCUCUUUUCUGUCAGAUGUUUCCAGGUUGCAUUUUGAUCAAUAUGUGUGAAGGCAUUUGUUGUUGGGGGGAAAAAAAAAAACGUUGUUUUGCCAAUGUGCCAUGCCAAUAAAUUCACACAACAGAA